CCAUCUGUAGCAAAAGGAUCGCAGAGUCAAGAAGUUCAAGAAAUUCAGAUAUGUGAAGUUGAUUUCCAUGGAAACUGCGUCAUCCUCUGAUGACAGUUGUGACAGCUUUGCUUCUGAUAAUUUUGCAAACACGAAACCUAAAUUCAGGUCAGAUAUCAGUGAAGAACUGGCAAAUGUUUUUUAUGAGGACUCUGAUAAUGAAUCUUUCUGCGGCUUUUCAGAAAGUGAGGUGCAAGAUGUAUUAGACCAUUGUGGAUUUUUACAGAAACCCAGGCCAGAUGUCACUAACGAACUGGCCAGUAUUUUUCAUGCUGACUCGGACGAUGAAUCAUUUUGCGGUUUCUCAGAAAGUGAAACACAAGAUGCAAUGAGACUACAGUCAGUCCGGGAAGGCUGUCGCACACGCAGCCAAGGCAGACACUCUGCACCUCUCAGGGUAGCCAUGAAGUUUCCAGCCCGAAGCAGCAGGGGAGCGGCCAGCAAGAAAGCAGAGUCCCCCCAACCUUCAAAUAAUUCUGUGACCAAUUCUAAUUCUGAUUCAGAAGAUGAAAGCGGCAUGAAUUUUUUGGAGAAAAGGGCUUUAAAUAUAAAGCAAAACAAAGCAAUGCUUGCAAAACUCAUGUCAGAAUUAGAAAGCUUCCCUGGCUCAUUCCCUGGAAGACAUUCCUUUCCAGGCCCCAGCUCACAACUGAAGAGACCCCGCCGGCGAACGUUCCCAGGUGUCGCCUCCAGGAGAAACCCUGAACGGAGAGCUCGCCCUCUCACCAGGUCGAGGUCCCGGAUCCUGGGGUCCCUUGGUCCUCUACCCACGGAGGAGGAAGAGGAAGAGGAAGAGGAUAAGUACAUGUUGGUGAGGAAGAGGAAGACCAUGGAUGGCUACAUGAACGAAGACGACAUGCCCAGAAUUCGUCGCUCCAGGUCAUCCAUGACUCUUCCGCAUAUAAUUCGCCCAGUGGAAGAAAUUACAGAGGAAGAGUUGGAAAACAUCUGCAACACUUCUCGAGAGAAGAUCUAUAACCGUUCGCUGGGCUCUACUUGUCAUCAGUGCCGCCAGAAAACGAUUGAUACCAAAACAAACUGCAGAAACCCAGACUGCUGGGGUGUUCGAGGCCAGUUCUGUGGCCCCUGCCUUCGAAACCGUUACGGUGAAGAGGUCAGGGAUGCUCUACUGGAUCCGAACUGGCACUGCCCACCUUGUCGAGGGAUCUGCAACUGCAGUUUCUGCCGGCAGCGAGAUGGACGGUGCGCCACGGGGGUCCUUGUGUAUUUAGCCAAGUACCAUGGCUUUGGGAAUGUGCAUGCUUACUUAAAAAGUCUGAAACAGGAGUUUGAAAUGCAAGCAUGAUACCUGGAAGAUUCACUGCCUGCCUUCCACUUCUCCAUUCUUGUUAAAGUUUUCAUUUUUGUCACUGAUUGAAACCUGACUUAAGCAUUUUGGUGACCAGUCUGUUUUACAGGAACUCCAGGUUAAUCUCACUAGACUCACAUGUUUCUGGAGCGUUGCAAAAGGUAUAUUGCUACUUAACACUUGGUCCUCUUGUGGUUUCUCCUCUGCUCCCUGCAGCCCCACCUCAUAUCCUUCCCCUCUACUUCCAACAGUCUUCUCCUGCCUCUCGGUUUCUGGAUUCUUUUUUAAACGACAAUUUUACACAAGCAUAUUUGAUUUAGUCUGUAUUAAAACAGCCUGGGAUCCACUCAUAAAAUCCAAGCACUUAGAAACACAGCAGUAGUGUUAACUAACUAGAUUUAUUGAAUUUCAGA